AGCAUAACACCUAUUGUCUGACAACUGACAUGGUUGACAUCCUAAACACUAUUUUAUAUGGAGCAACUGGUGUUCGACACUGGUGGACGCUGCCUUUAAUCGUCGCCCUCAUUCAUUUAAGUCUUGAAAGAGAGCGUCUCCUUUCCAAACAUCUUUACGAUUCAUACGUCGGCAACACUGCCAAACCACCGGCAGCUGGGGAAUGUGGAGAGGCGGAACGGCGAGCCAGAACAUUGGACGGAAGCUGCAAUAAUCUGGAGCAACCCAGUAUGGGCAUGCUUGGUUACCGAUUUAGUAGAAAUAGUGCUCCUGAAUGGAUUGAUGAUGGAUCUCGAUUACUGGAUCCUAACCCAAGAGAUGCUACAAACAAGUUGAUGGUCAGGGAUACAUUCAAGGCAGCUGAAACGCUCAACUUGAUGUCCGUAGCUUGGGUACAUUUCCAAGUACAUGAUUGGAUGAGCCAUAAAAGAGGAGUUGGAACUGGAGAGUUCAUCCAUGUCCCACUUCCAGAGGACGACCCAUGGAGACCCCAGCAAACGGAGAUGCUUAUACCUCGAAGUGUCAACGAUUCUCAAAGUGGGGAUGACCCAAGUAAACAUGUGUCGUUCGCUAACGAGCAAACUCACUGGUGGGAUCAAAGUCAGAUAUACGGAACAUCUCCUGAAAUUAAUGCAAAAAUACGAACUCACGUUGAUGGCAAACUAAAAUUGGACGACGAGGGACUUCUAUUUACCGAUGUGGACGGCAUGGAAGUCACUGGAAUGAAACAGAAUUGGUGGCUAGGUCUAUCACUGUUGCAUAACUUAUUUACAAAGGAGCAUAAUUCUAUCUGCGACUAUUUGAAGGAACAUCACCCUGACAUGGACGAUCAGGAACUGUACGACAAAGCUCGCUUAAUCAAUACUGCUGUAAACGCUAAGAUUCACACUGUCGAAUGGACUCCUGCUAUUUUGUCCGAUGAGAUUGGCUACAUUGCAUUGCAGUCGAACUGGUUUGGAUUGGAGAAUACUUUCCCAGACCAAAAGCUUCUGGUCGAUACUCUUCGAGCUACUGGUAUUCUUUCCCACCCAUCUGCUUAUGGUAUCGUAGGAAAUCCUGCAAAAUUCUAUGGUGUACCUUUCAGUCUCACUGAGGAGUUUACCGCUGUAUAUCGAUUUCAUCCUUUCCUCCCGGAUGGCAUUACUGUUGUUGACUCGGCUACCGGUCACCCCAUCAAUGGAGAAGAUAUUCCUCUGAUUGAUAUGACUUUCCGCAAGGCUACAAGCAUCAUGCACAACUACAAAUAUAAGGAUUUGUUGGCGACUUUUGGUACGCAAUUUUCUGGUGCAAUGGUCCUGAACAAUUACCCUAAGGCGAUGCUGGACUUCACUAUGCCUUAUGACAACCCACCAACCCGCAUUGAUCUUUCGACCGUCGACAUGAUUCGCGAUAGAGAGCGUGGUGUCCCUCGUAUCAAUAACAUCCGACGAAGUCUAGGUCUGCCCGCCUUCAAAUCUUGGGAAGAUCUCAAUCCCGAUCCAGAAGUUAUUGCUCAAAUGAAGACUGUCUAUAAAUCCGUUGAAGAUGUUGAUUGUCUUGUCGGAAUGGCAGCAGAAAUGCCCCGUCCUCCUGGUUGGGCUUUCGGAGAUACCACUUUUACAGUCUUCGUGGUUAUGGCUUCCCGCAGAUUGAUGACCGAUCGAUUUCUUACGGACGACUUUACCCCAGAAUAUUACACCCAAGAGGGCAUUGAUUGGGUCCGCAAUGCCACUUUCAAGGACAUUCUCCUUAGACAUGCACCUGAACUAAAAGACCUACUGAGCACCGUCUCUAACCCAUUCGCUCCUUGGACGUUCAAAUAAUUCUUCUGUGAUCUUCUAUUUUUAUCAAAGUAAAAAAUAAUAAGAGUGAUUGUAAUAAAUUCGUACGUGAUUUUUUUUUUCUUAUGAG